UGCAAAUAAUCAUUGCACUUGCACAAAACACGAUGGAGUAGGGCUCAACCCUAAUCUACAUCAAGCUACGACUACAGGAUGGUAUGUAUACUAUUCAAAAUAAUACAGAUGAGUGGACGGGUAUUGCAUUAUAAGCGGAGAAAAAGCGUCACGGAGAGCACACGAGAUACGAGUAAAGAGAAAGCUGAAAGUCGGAUGGAUACGGAAGAAGUUCAGAAUGUCGGGGCGGGGAAUAAACAAGUGAAAGAGGAUGCUCGUCGAGGUGAGUCUGUCUGUCGUAGAAAUGCGGACGCGGAAAUGCCUAAGGUGGACAUACGUAAGUCCGGCAUGCGGUCGCAGCAGUAGCGAUACCCAAAAGUCAUCUUCUCGGGUAACGAAGUCGUUUUGAUAAGGAUCCAGUUCGCCGAAGGGAGUUAUCAAAAUCAUUAGCACUCAUGCAGUGCUACUUGCUACUGCGGCGCGCCCUGUAGACUGGCAUGCCCAGCAGUAUUCAUCGUAGGUUACAACCGGCCGCUGAAUUUCAGGGCCAAGGUGACUAGUACAUGACUUACUUUUGCAUGACUGCGGGUGUUGUAUGCUCCGUUCGCAUCGGCGUGAGCCACAGUCAAGCAUAGCUACAACGUGUAGACGAACAAAAUGCUAGUACCGUCAGAGUCAGCGGACAAUGGGCUUCGAGUAUUUAGCAAGGUCGGCGCACUCCACACUUUUGGUAUGAGCGGCCGUCACUGCUCGGACAGAGAGUGUCAGCAUGACUGCCAACGUUUGCAUAAGGAGUAACACUGACGCAAUAUAGCGGCACAUAUUCAGAGUCUGGCGUUCAAUAGGCCCGAGAGGACUUGGGACGGGAGGGACGGUGGGCUACGGAGUGGAGUGCUAUUGAAAAAUGACACCUUAUAUAGGGAUUCCGAUGUCGGCAGAAGGUGAUAUCGCUCCGGCUUUGCGUGACACAGCUUUUUACGCAUUAGCUGACGAUAGUUAGGUACAGGCCCUUGCCGGAAGUAUUUCCGUUUUCUUGGAAGCAUCACGUCAAAAACCCAAGCAUCUACGCGAAGGAUGAGCACAAGACAAAGAGCGCGUUUGCAACGGACGGGGAAGUUGACCUUUUCCUGUGUGCCGGAAUAAGAAUUUCAUUGCGGUUCUAUAGGUCAGAGAUCAGUUAGGGGCGCAAUAUGUCGGCGGGCUGUUGAAUGGAGGCGCGAUAAGGAUGAGAAGCUAGAAGUGGUUAGCGGACAAGAAGCAGGUUUUCGCCUCUUUGGUUAUUUCGCUUCUUGAGCAGUCAGGUGCAGCGGAUAAUGCCCUGGUGGUCCCCCACUUUCCUGAGUUCCGCCAAAUACUCGUCCAGUCGAAGUUCCACAGAGAUCGUGCGUCCGAGGAUUCUCUGUGAAGUCGCACGUGCUACCAUGAAUUCAGCACGUGCGAUUACGGAAUCAAUUCAUCGAACCUCGCCAUACCACUGGAGAAUGCGUUUCUCCACUGAACCAAUCAUAACCUCAUAUCUCGUCAGUCUUGCAGGAUGAGAUUGCAUGUCUGACAUGAUCUGUUGCUGCAUUUGUCAGGUUUUCGUCUACAGAUCAAGCCAAGUCACUGAGCGUCUUUUCUCUCGUGGUCAUUUGACACUUUAUCCAUUCAUAUCCUCAGAAAUACUGGGGCUCAUCAGUCUUUGGCUCCUCCCCAAUAACUUAGCGUGCACAUGACUCCACUUCUGGUUGUUCUAUACUAUUCAGUCCGUGGUGAGGUGGGUUUCUUCCCUCAUCCGCAAGUGUGGGCUUUACGAAUCCGACGAAUCAGCUGCCUCUCCGCGUGCCCAUCUCACAAACGGCUCGCUCAAUCUUCCGUAUCAGCCUUCCCGUCUUCGUACUCCGACGUUUCAAAGGAUUCUUCAGAUACAGAUGCAAGGGCAACGAUGUAUCAACCGAUUCUGUUUCUCUAUUUCAGAUGUACCCCGUGCUACAUACACGUGCCCCCGCAAUCAUGUUUCUAUUCCCGGCCAAAUCAAUUUCCUCAGAGUCUGUCAUAUUGGUGAAGUACUUCUACUCUAUUUGUGCACUCAGCGAUCGCGGUCAGAUGAUCGCAUUCCUGUGACUGCAAGCCUCUUCCGAGAUUUUGACGAUCAUACGUUAUACCGUCCGUGUGUGCAUAUCGAGCCGGUAGUAAGCGGCAUGUCCCAGGCCCAACGUCUUUGAAUUCUUCUGCAAACCAUCAUCUUGAUACUCUGUUUCUUCUAUUCUGCGAUGGCCAUCAAAGAUUACAAAGUGAUGACUCCGGAAAUGCGUCAGCAUUUCCUUGAGAAGGGCUGGAUAAAGAUUGAAAAUGCGAUUUCAGCGGAAAAUAUUAAACGGUUCUCCGAUGAUGUCUGGAUUCGCUUGGGUUAUGACCCUAACAACAAAUCGACAUGGGACAAGGAGAAGAUCCAUAUGCCCCGCCACAGAGAAGUGCCGAUGAAAGAGUUUUCACCGAGGGGCUGGGCCGCCAUCUGCGAGAUUCUCGGAGGUGAAGAGCGAAUUGACCCUACUCUAUUCGAGAGUUUUGGCGACAGUCUGAUAUGUAACCUUGGAAGUCCGGAGUGGGAGACUAAGGAGUCUCUCGACCCACGUUUGCUCGGUAAUUGGCACAUAGACGGCGAUUGGUUCACACAUUUCUUAGACUCGGGAGAACAAGCUCUCACAGUCAUUGUUCUUUUCAACGAUAUCAUUCCGCGUGCUGGAGGUACGUUCCUUUGCCCCGAUGGCGUAAAGAACGUCGUAAAAUGGUUGUAUGAACAUCCAGAAGGGGCGGAUAGCUGGACUGUUAAUGAAACUGGGGCGCAAACCGUGUGCGGUAUUCAUGAAUGUCAAGAAUUUGUCGAGUGUACAGGAAAAGCUGGUGAUAUGAUUAUCUUCCAUCCAUUCAUGCCUCACUCUGCUUCGAAGAACUACCUCCGCAUCCCCCGGUUUAUCACAAAUCCUCCGGUUACGUUGAAGGAGCCACUCUGCUUCACACGCGAGAACCCGCAGGACUAUUCGCUUACUGAGCUCGUCGUCCUUCGUGCGCUGGAGGAGAACGGCAUUGACAAGUCAGCAAUCAAGGAUUGGAAGAUCACGAGCAAACGCCGCCGCUUUACCCCACGUACACGUGCAGGAAAGGAUGCGAUGAUCGUUGCGGAGGUUGAGCAUAUGAAGGCCCAUGCUCUGAAGUCGGGUGGUACGUACAAAGUAGAAAGUAUGCACAUUAAUGGGCCGGUUCCAUAUCAGACGGUCAUCCCAAUAGAAGGAUAUUAAGAAGAUGGUUCCGGCGAAAGCGGAUUGUCUAGCUCCCGGUGAUAGACUGCUUCUUCAGCAGUUCAAUGUAAUAGUAGUAAUAUAGCACACCUACCUAAAGAGCAUUUUUCGAUGAAAAGUUUGUUCAUCCGAAGCAUCUAUUCGUCAUCUGAGUCCUCUCUAAGAACAUUAAUCCCGAGCUCUUCGGCCUUUCUAAUAGUUUCCUGCUCUUUGCUUUCUAACCAAUUGAGAAACGCCUCGAGGAUAUCUUUCUGUCCCCGUACGUAGCAUUUCCACAUAUAAACGACUUCGCUGCGCACGGAUGGCGGUGGCGCUCCUUCUACAGGCAGGACUGGAAGGCGUUCAAGUAGAGAUGAGACCAUUUCGGACAACGUUUCCGCUGUCUCCAUAUCUAUCUCAACGCUGAGUGUCGGAUCAUUUUCUAUAUCGAAACUAGCCUCGAAGUUCUCGUCCGCUACGUAUCCAGCUGCGACGAUCAGCAUAACAUCAUUCCAGACAGCCUCGGCGCCGUUUGCCUCGCGCCCUAACUCGUGUCCAGAGCUUGCUUGGCUUCCAGUGCCAUCAAUGUUCGACCCAAUUUUAAGUAUAAUGGUGUCAUCGGGAUUAUCGGGUAUAGCGAAACCGUAGCCGAGGAUGAGCGAUGAGUUGGGUUUCGGACCAUAAUUAUUGAAGACCUCUUCUCCCUCCGCUAUCGGAGUAUUAAUGAUCAGCGAGACACAUAACUCUGCGUCUGUUGAGUUUGAUGCGCUGGAACCGCUUAAGAUAGGAGAAACCGGACGUUCUACAAGUGAAAUACCCCAGGAAACAGGUUGACCACGUUUAUGAUUGAAGAGGUCAAGCCCUGGAAGAAGCACGGGGUACGACUCGGGUGACGCGACAAGGGACGGUUCACGAGACAAAAGAGUAGAUGGGAAAGCUCGCGAAGAGAUGUACGUGUCGGCCAACUUAUACAUGUCCAAGCUAAACUUCUUUGCGAUGUUCGGUGCACUUUCAAUUAGGAGAUCUAGAAGUUGCCUAUGUUCAUCCCUCCAUGUAUUGCGCUUAUCUAUUAUUGCCCCGAAUAGAUUCGUUCCUUUGAAUAUCUCGAGCUCCGCAUCCGAGAAUGUUAUUGGUGUGAGCAUGCUUUCCGCCUGUGGCAGAACACUGAUGUAUGGACGGUGUUGUAGAAGGCG